AUGCAAGGACAGGCAUAUCCCCCACACGUACAAAUGGCAUAUCUACCACAGUUAUCCUCUUCGCUGAACGGCGACCUUGAAGAAGCGUUACCCGUCAUGCUCUCCGACACAUCAUCUUCUGGGCGACGCCGCAAACGCCGCCGCUUAUCCAACGACAACGACGAAGACUCCAUGGGCGAGCUGGUCGGCAGCGACGUAGAAACAGAAGACGAGGAGGACGAAGUCAGCACAGCGAGCGAGGGCUCAACUGGCCCAGGGGUCCUCGUAAACGAAGAGGAUGAGAGCUCUUCAGACAGCUCGUCGUCAGACAGUUCGUCGUCUGAUUCAGACAGUGAUGAUGAGGCAGACACCGACGACGAGACGUCCAGUGAUGAUAGCUCGUCGUCUGACUCCUCUUCCGACAGCGACAGCGACAGCGACUAA